AUGACAGAUAAGAGUAGUCUUGGUACAAAUAUCAAUGAUCAAAUUCCCAUAGUAGAGAUCGAUAUUAAAGACACUGAAGAAAAUCAACAUGAAAAACCAGAAGAAACUGAAGAUGUUUCAGCAACUUUAAGAAAUAGAAAUAUAAACCCCACAAAAGAGAGAUCAUCAACUAUGGAUUCAACCACUUCAUCAACUAUAUCAGAUUCAAGUAUUACUUCAUCAUCCACAAUUACAUCAAGUUCAUCAACAACUCAAGCAGAUGGAACCAAAAGGAGGAAAAGUAGCAGAAAAAGAAGAAGAAGAAGGAGUUCAAAACCAUUAUUAAACGUUGCACCAUUAAAUACUCCAUUAAAUCAUAGAUUAGAAACUUUAGGAGUUGUAUGGCAUUGUAUAAGUAUUCCAUUUUUUAUAUGUGUAUUUUUAAUAUGUAUAUCAUUAGGUUGGGUAGUUUGGGUAUCAGUUAUAAUUCCAUAUUUUAUAUGGUGGUAUGGAUUUGAUUUACAUUCUCCAACUAAUGGUAAAGCUUCUUAUAGAGUUAGAAAUUCAAUUAGAAAUUUAAUUAUAUGGGAAUGGUUUGUUAAUUAUUUCCCCAUAAGAGUAUUUAAAACUGAAGAAUUACCUGCAACUUUUGAACAAAUUUUAAUUGAUGAUGAAUAUGUUAAUUUAAAUUCAAUUGAUGAAGAAGAUUUAGUUUCUGAAAAUAGUAAAACUUUAUUAGAUUCAAUUUUUAAGAUUUUAGGAUUAAAGAAAAGAUUAAAUAAAAGUGAUGAAAGUAUAGAUAAUAUAUCAGUUAGAAAAGAAAAGAAGAAAGAUGAACUAAAAGCUGACACUAUUAAAAAAAUAGUUGAAGAAGAAGAAGAAGAGUCUGGUAGUUCAACUUCUGAUGAUUUGAAAGUUAAAGUUAAGGAAGAUGAUGAUUCAUCGAUUACAAAAAUUGAAACUUAUAAAAGAGUAGCAACAGGACCAAGAUAUAUUUUCGGUUAUCAUCCUCAUGGAGUUAUAUCAAUGGGAGUAGUUGGAUUAUUUGGUACAAAUGCUUUAAGAAAUGAACCAUAUGAACCAGUAAAUAAAUGGUUGAAACCUUUCUUUCAUGAUCCUUCAAAACAUGAAAGGUUAUUUCCUGGUAUUGGUAAAAUUUUUACUUUAACUUUAACCACUCAAUUCACUAUACCGUUUUAUAGAGACUACCUAAUGUCAUUGGGAAUAUCCAGUGCUUCAGCUAGAAAUAUCAAAAGUUUGAUUAAUAAUGGUGAUAAUUCAGUUUGUUUAGUCAUUGGUGGAGCUCAUGAAGCAUUAUUGAAUUCCAAAGUUGUUAAAAAUUCAAGAAUUGGAUAUGGUUAUAAGACAGAACAAGAAAGAAUUGAAGAAGAACACAGAAAAGAAUUAAAAGAUGGUGAUGAAGAAUUAACUUCAUCAAAAUCUGACCUGGAAUCAGAAGAUGAUAAUGAAAAUCAAUAUGAAGGAAUACCAGCUAAAGAGAAUGUGAAAAAAGAAGUAAGAUUAGUUUUAAAUAAUAGAAAAGGGUUUAUAAAAUUAGCAAUAGAAUUAGGUAAUGUGAAUUUAGUUCCUUUAUUUGCAUUUGGAGAAGCAGAUGUAUAUAAAUUAAAUUUUCCAAAACCUGGGUCGUUUGGUGCAAAUUUCCAACAAUGGAUGAAGAAAACUUUUCAAUUUACAAUUCCAUUCUUCAGUGCUCGUGGUGUUUUCAUAUAUGAUUUUGGAUUUUUACCAUAUAGAAAUCCUAUUAAUAUAGUAGUUGGUAAACCUAUACAUGUACCUGAGGGUUGUUUACAAGAAUAUAAACUCAAACAUCCUGAAGAAUUUGAAGAACCAAAAACCGAGGAAUCAAAACCACCAAUUAAAAAAACUAAUUCAUUCACUGAUUUCAUCAAAUUAACAAAAAGUAAAAAUUCAGAAGACAAAGCAAGCAAAGAUUCUGCAAAUACAUCGAAUCGUAAAGCGAAAAGAAGUUCCGUACGUACUAAAAUUCCUCAAGAAUUAUUAGAUAAGUAUCAUAAAUUAUAUGUUGAUGAAUUGAAACGAGUUUAUGAAGAAAAUAAAGAAAAGUUUGGGUAUGGUGAUGUUGAAUUAAAAAUUAUUGAUUAA